AUGUUCUCCGCAGAGUACGGCGAUAGGCGCACUGUAAUAAUUGCUCCGCUAGAAGUCGACGCGGUCCGCGAGAAGAAGGUCGUAAACAAAGUGACAUUCGCCCCCCUAGUGGUAUCGACGCUAUUCAUCCUCUUAACAUCUCUGCUCGCGCACUGCGCGCGAAGAUUAGUGCAGAAGGUCAUCAAGGAACCUUUUAUAAAGCUACUUCUAGAAGAGUGUAUAGCCGCUGCAGAAUUAUGCGGGUGCUGCUUUGAACUAAUUAUUGUUGCGGAUAACUUCGGAGUCGGGACAUACGCAAUCUUCCUCUUCGCGCUCACGAUCUGGUGGUCGCUCAACUGGGGCGACGCCACUGCCUGCCCUUACACCCACAUCGAGGAUGUCAUCGAAGGCAAAGGCGACGUCCGAAAAGCGCUUCUCAAGACAUGGGCCGAGCUGACCGGUGGUCUAUUGGUGUUCAAGUACGUGCAGAUGUACUGGGCCCUCGAGAUCUCCGACACUCAUAAGGACAAGGCAUUCGAAGACUGCAAGGCUGAUUUGCAGGUGCCAGUGCUCUACGGCGCUGUCGUCGAAGGUGUGGCCACAUGCAUGUGCAGGCUGGCUUCAAAGGCACUGGGAGACCUCAACCCCCGCUUCGCGACCGCCAUAGAUUCCUUCAUUGGAACCUCCUUGGUGGUGGCUGGGGUCCUCACUAGGCACAAGGUAUUCGUCUACCGAUAUCAGGACAAUAGUGCCAAUGCGGACCUAAGUGUGUCGAUCUUUUGCAAAGUCCAUUUAGGAAAAGCGUUCGAUUACUCCGGGGGGUAUUUCAACCCAGUGCUCGCCACGUCUCUGAAAGCUGGCUGCGAGGGUCACACCAUGUUAGAGCAUGCAGUCGUUUACUGGAUAGGGGCAUGUGCAGGAUCCAUCCUGUCAGUUUAUAUGUACAAACUACCAGUAGUCCAGAAAUUCAUUAAGGGCCCAAGCGAAGCUAACGGUGACAGCAUCUGGGCUGACAAGGAGGAUUAAUAUUUCUCAACGCUUUUUAAGAUUUUCUUACAUAUUCCACUUUCUUGUGUAGUCUAUUGAACUGUCUGAAAUUAGUUCUGAUAUCGAAAAAAUACCCAUUUAAAUCAUAAUUUGGAAUUUUGUAAUUUAAUGCCUAAACUAAAUCUUAAGAAGUCCCGAAGACUACAAAGAAUAUUACAAUAAUAAUAAUGCUACAAAGUGAUACCUAAUCUAGUCAAUUAUAAUAAUAAAAGCUUGUUCAAUGAGAUCCAUAUAAAUAACUUUGUUUGUAUACGAGUGAAAAUUCCUUGAGAGAG